GGAGGGGCGAAGAGGCUGCCGAGCAGUCUCGGGUGGAGGGGCGGCCCGGCCCGUUAGGGCCAGCGCUCGGGGCGGGGAGGACCGGCCCGGGGACGCCGAGCUCGCCGCGCUGUGACCUUGAGGUGGCUGCUCACCCUCUCUGAACCUCAGCCUUGCGCCUCAAGCCGACUGAGGGGUCGCGAGGAUCAGGGAGUUACUGCUCGGUGGGCCGUAUGGGCUCUGCGUCAUUCUCCUGGGCGGACGGGGAGCCUGGGCUCCAGCACUAUUACUUCUAGUCUCCCCGGGCGUGGGAAGGGGGCCAGGGUGAAGGGGCAUGGUGUGUGGGGCGACGGGGUGAAGGUCGACGGGGCUGGGGGCUCUGAGUGAGGGGCACCUGGGUGAGGGGGUUCGGUGUGAGGGGGGCCUAGAUGAGAGGGACUUUAAUCGGAGUUAUGGAGUUAUUUAGGAUCUUUUGAAAGUUUUUCUUGGACUAGAAGUUCUUCACUCGAAGGCCUGUCUCGGCCUGAGUGUUAAGCUGAGAGCCCAGCACUUUUCUCCGCUUCUCGGCUAGUGGGUUCCUGGCCUCGGGCGCUUUUUCCCAGAUGCCUGAGCUGAGCAGAGCAGCUGAGUUCAGGAGCUGGCCUCCCGCUGACCCGUUCACGUCCCCCGCUGCUUUGCCCAGGACCAGGCCGGGCGCUUGCCAUGGGGCACUGCCGCCUUUGCCACGGAAAGUUUUCCUCAAGGAGUCUCCGCAGCAUCUCCGGCAGGGGGUCUGGGGAAAGUGUGGGGAGAACACCCCCGGGGGAGCGCAUUUUCAUCAGGGACUUCCAGCGCCUGCUAGGGGUGCCUGUUCUCCAGGACCCAGCCCUGUCACCCUUCGUCUGCAAGAACUGCCAUGCCCAGUUCUACCAGUGCCACAGCCUCCUCAGCUCCUUCCUGCAGAGGGUCAACGCCUCCCCGACUCGCCGCCAGAAGGCCUGUGCAAAGGCUGGGACCCAGCCCCAGACUGCUGCAGAGGAGGGCACGUGUCCGGGGGACCUGGUCACGUGGAGCCCCCAGUGCCUGCAGGCCCUGGUUGGGUGGGUACACGGGCACGCAGCCGACUGUGGGGCCCUGCCCAACCUGCAAAGGACACUUUCCUCUGAGUACUGCGGUGUCAUCCAGGCUGUGUGGGCUUGCAGCCAGGGCCACGACUACGUCAUGGACACAGACUCUGGCUGCGGGGCCCUCGUGCUGGACAGCACGCUGGCGGUCAAGUGGGAGUGGGACAAGGAGACAGCCCCACACCUCACCCCCAGUUGGGGGCCCCACCCUGCUGGGGCUGCCCUCCAGCACUGCCAGGGCAGAGGGACCAAAGCUGAGGCUGAGACAGAGGCACUGCCCAGCAUGGAUGUGGCCCAGCCUCCCUCAGAUGGCAGUCCUGUGGGGCCUGGGCAGAGCCCCCUGCCCCAGCCAAGUCCACCCCCAAGUGGGGCUCCAGGGCAGUUGAGUGAGAAGCAGGUUCUGUCUUCAACAUCGGAUGAUCGGGUAAAAGACGAGUUCAGUGACCUUUCUGAGGGAGACUUCCUGAGUGAUGAUGAACGUGACAAGAAGCAGAAUGCCCCGUCGUCUGAUGAGUCCUUUGAGCCGUACCCGGAGAAGAAGGUUUCUAGUAGGAAGAGUGAAGAGGCUAAGCAUUCUGAAGAACCAAAAACUCGAAAGAAACCAGGGCCCAAACCGGGCUGGAAGAAGAAAUUCCGGUGUGAGAGGGAGGAGCUGCCCACCAUCUACAAGUGUCCUUACCAGGGCUGCACAGCCGUGUACAGGGGUGCUGAUGGCAUGAAGAAGCAUAUCAAGGAGCACCACGAAGAGGUCCGUGAGAGGCCCUGCCCACACCCUGGCUGCAACAAGGUGUUCAUGAUUGACCGCUACCUGCAGCGCCACGUGAAGCUCAUCCACACAGGUGUGAAGUCUGCGGGUUCCAGUGCAGGCAGAGAGCCUCCCUCAAGUACCACAUGACCAAGCACAAGGCUGAGACUGAGUUGGACUUUGCCUGUGACCAGUGCGGCCGGCGCUUUGAGAAGGCCCACAACCUGAACGUCCAUAUGUCCAUGGUUCACCCACUGACGCAAACCCAGGACAAAGCCAGACCCUU